AUCACACAGGCUGUGAGUGUGGUUGUGUGGUAGUGUCGUUGGGGUUAUGUUUUCUAGUGUCUGUAAUGUCAUAAACAGGUGUUGGCGGAUUUAAGUAAACUAAAAUAAAAUGACGACAGGAGCAAGACCGCCAGCUUUGACUUUUAAGGUGAUCGGUAGCUGUUCAACUACUAAAGCUCGUGUUGGUGUCAUGAGUUUACCUCACCAAGAUGUUGACACACCAGUUUUCAUGCCAGUAGGAACUAAGGGUACAAUUAAGGGUCUACUACCGCAACAACUUGAAGCACUGAACUGUCAAAUUAUUCUUGGAAAUACAUAUCACUUGGGAACAAAACCUGGUGUUGAAAUUCUGAAGAAGGCCGGCGGUCUCCAUAAAUUCAUGAAUUGGCCACGAGCUCUUCUCACAGAUUCAGGCGGGUUUCAAAUGGUGUCAUUACUAGAACUUGCAGAAAUAACAGAAGAUGGUGUGAAUUUCAAAUCGCCUUAUGAUGGUUCAGAAUGUAUGCUCACCCCAGAGCACUCUACUGAGAUUCAGAACGCAAUUGGGGCUGAUAUCAUGAUGCAGCUUGAUGACGUUGUCCAUUCCACGACUACUGGUCCGCGAGUUGAAGAAGCAAUGCAUCGGACAACAAGGUGGCUGGAUCGCUGCUUGGGAGCUCAUUCCCGGAAUGAUGAUCAAACUAUAUUUCCUAUUGUUCAGGGUGGUCUAGACCCAGACCUAAGAAAACAAAGUGCACUUCAGCAUAUUGAACGUAAUUCUAGGGGAUUUGCUAUUGGAGGAUUAAGUGGUGGAGAAAGUAAGGAUGACUUUUGGAAAAUGGUUCAUUUGUCCACUGAUCUUCUACCCAAAGACAAACCACGUUACUGCAUGGGUGUUGGGUUUGCUGAAGAUUUAGUGGUUUGUUGUGCUCUUGGAGUUGAUAUGUAUGACUGUGUUUUCCCAACAAGAACAGCUCGCUUUGGCUGUGCUUUGAUUGAUGAAGGUCAGAUAAACCUCAAAAAUGUGACUUUUGAGACUGAUUGUAGACCUAUUGACUCUGAGUGUAGGUGCACAACUUGUAAAAGAUAUACGAGGGCCUACUUGCAUUCCAUUGUGACUACUGAGACUGUUGCAUGUCAGCUUGUGAGUGUGCACAACAUUGCAUACCAGAUGCGUUUAAUGCAAAGAAUACGUUCAUCUAUUUUGGAAGACACCUAUCCAAACUUUGUGAGAAGCUUUAUGAAACGCAAGUAUACUGAUGGAAACUACCCUCAGUGGAUUGUAGAUGCACUUAAUGCUGUUGGUGUUAAACUAGAGUAAGUUACCUAACAGUCUCUCGGACCUACUGUACUUAAUUUUGCACCAGGGGAGAGGGUGGGCUGAGCUGUUAAUGUUUGUAACAGGGUACAAGAUCACUUGCUUGACAGCCGACAAUAAAAAAAAAUGUGUUCCUCGA